AUGGACCAAGAAAUGAGAGUGAUAACCCUUGUUCAUGAAGACACUUGCUUCGAAGUAAGAUUAGACAACGAAACGUAUGAGGAAAUAUUGAAUGAUGAAGAUAAGCUGCGAAGAUACGCAAAGGAAGUAUAUGAACUGAAUUUCGAGAAAGAAAACCCCAACAGAACAGAAGAGGAUGAGACUACAUUCAAGCAAAAGAGUUUCAAAUGGAGCCAUAAAUCAACACUCGCACUAAUUGAAUUCCGUUUACAAAGAGAGAAUGAAUUCAAUAGACCAAUAUGUAAAAAGAAGAAAAUUUGGGAUAACAUUGCCUGGGAAAUGGAAAAACUUGGGUACAAAGUAACAGGCGAUAUGUGUGACACAAAAUACAGGAAUCUCUUAGCCACAUACAAAGUGAACAGAAAAAAGAAAGAACAGAGUGGGGAAGGUGCCGUAACCUGGGAAUAUUUUGAUAAAUUUGAGUCCACUCUUGGAUCAAAAGCAUCUACUGCUCCACCACCUGAAACAGUAGGAAGUGUGGAUAAUAUGGAAAAAGAAGACAUCAAUCAAGAGGUUUUGGAUGAUGAAGCAUUAUCUCUUAGUUCUGAAGCAUCUACCAGUAGCAAUAUCUGCAUGAGUAAGAAGAGAAAAACAAAGGAACUAUGUUUCAAUGAUUAUUUAAAGGAAAAACUCAAGCGUGAUGAAGAUACAGCAAGAAAGAAGGAGGAAAGAUGGUACCAGAAGAAAGAACUGAAAGAACGUGAAAUAACUGCUAUAGAAGCUCUUGCACAAGCAAUAGCCAGUAAAUACAAAAAAUAA